AUGGCUGACACCAGCAUGCAACGCCCAACAAAGGCAUCCUCCAAAAAUCGUCCGAACGCACCGCACGAACGACUCCGCCGCAUCCAUCACCAAAUCGCAACGAGCACGCAUGCGAAAGAGCACAGCAUUACCAAGCGGCACAAGCGAACGAGGUGGACAUUAGGCGAGUCUGCCAACAUACACGGUCAUCUGCUACAUCUCGGCUGUUUGGCCAUAGAGGACUUCCGUACGACCGAAGCAGAGCCAGGGAGGCAUGCUGCUCAAGUCCGUGAGAUGAGUAGCUCAAACUCCGAACCGCAAACAUCGUCUGCGCAGCGGCCUGAUAUACACAUCUCCUGUCUACUCAUCAACGGACAUCAGAACAACCAAGCCAACGCGCAGCAAAUUCCGGCCAUCACGAAAGCUGGCCGCACGCGGUCUACUCGUCCUGAGAAUUUUACCUGCCCGCGGAUCCGUUCUGGUUUCCUUGCCAAUGGAAAUCAAGACAAGUACUCCACGCCCCGACCAUUUUUUUUCGAGGCUGGUGACGGCUUGGCCGGCGAACUCGGACCUGCUCGCAGUGUUUGA